UCGCGUACGCCAUGUCUGGUUCCUCCAGCGUCGCCGCUAUGAAGAAAGUGGUUCAACAACUCCGGCUGGAGGCUGGGCUCAACCGCGUGAAGGUUUCCCAGGCAGCUGCAGAUCUGAAACAAUUCUGUCUGCAGAAUGCUCAACAUGACCCCCUGCUGACUGGAGUAUCUUCAAGUACAAAUCCCUUCAGACCUCAGAAAGUCUGUUCCUUUUUGUAGUAACAUGAAUCUUUGCAAGGUUUUUAAACCACUUUUCAUAAACCGGUGAAUAUUCAAAGGAAA